CACAAACUUGUUGCUUUUUAGUUGGAUCCAAUUAUUAUCCAGUAUAAUCAAGUGUGAAUCUGAAUUUGUCACUGUGUCAAAUAAAAAAAACAGGCUAUGUGUGACCAAGUCGCAACAACAGUAAGCACAGAGUACAAAAUGGAAUCACCAUAUCUUGAGGCGAUCCAAAAAAUACCAGGUAAAACACCUGGUGAAAAACAUCAAGCACUGAAUUGCAUUGCCAAGAAGUUCAUUGAUAAUGCAAUGGAAACUGAUGAUGAUGGUGUGAAAAAUGUUGAUGUCAAGAGUUCAGCUGAACUUCCAGAGUGUCUUGUGCCAAUUGUUCAACUUGAAGUGGCUAAAAUUCUUCAUCAACCUGAUGGUAUUGUGGCUGCACUUAAAUCUGAUGAUGCCUUUAUCAAUGAUCGUGCACUCAAAGUCAAGUGGUUUUUUGAUGGCAGCAAUGAGGACAUCACUAACAGCCAAUAUUUUAAUAAACACAUUUUUCCACAUGUCUCAUUGACUGUUCGCAUGAGAAUUAUUAAAAACUUGGCAAAAUAUUUGAUGUUGUCAAAUAAACAAAGUAUUGCUGAAAAUUUUUACAUUGAAUUGAAAGAACAAUAUGGUGAAGAAUUAGUGAGACCACUUUGUUUUGCCUGUGGAGAAGACUUUAUUCGUAUUACUACCAAUAAAUGGAUAAAACCAAUCACUGUUAGUGAGCUUGAAAUUAUCUAUCCACGUUUUCCUAAUUUUGUUUUUUCAUUAUUAAGAAUGUAUUCAGUUCUAUACAGUAAAUUUUUACCCAAUUUACUGAUACAUCAUGCUGAAAUUUUUGCUGAUAUUGUCAAAAAAUCCAAUUCAUGUAUCAAAUUAAGUCGCAAAAAAUGUCAAUUAUUUUUGAAAAAUGCACGCAAUGCUUUCUUGGAUGAUCCAAAAUAUUUUAUGCCUGUAUUGCCUUUGAAAUUGAUUACAACAAUGCUUAAUAAGUUGGAAUUUCAUCAAUUUUAUAAAAAAAUGUUUCCACAAAAUCAAAAAGAAUUUUGUUUUACAACACUUUACGAAUACUUGAAAUAUUAUCCAAAAAAAGAAGAAAAAAUAAAUCUUAUUAUGUCUACAUUUGAGGAUGUUUAUGGAAUAAGUUUGUUGGAUUGUGCUGAUUUGAUAUCAUUUCAACUUUUACUAGAAAACCAGCCUGAUGUUUUUGUUGAUAUUGUUAAAGAAUUCAAUUUAGACAUCAAGCCAAGUGACAAAAAAAGUGCAUCAUUUUUAAAAAAUGUACGGAUAUAUUUGUUGAACGAGCCAGAAAUAUUUAUUCCUUUGCUGCCUUUGGCAUCAAUUACAAAGAAACUGAAUAAAUUGGAAUUUAACCAAUUUUAUAAACACCUUUUUCCAGAACAUUAUAAGGAAUUUUGCUUUACAACAUAUUAUCAACUUCUAGAAUACUAUCCAAAAGAAGAGAAAUUAAAUUUUUUGAUAUCAACAUUUAAAGACCUUUAUGGAAUGAGUCCGUUGGACUGUGUUGAUUUGAUAUCGUUCUCAUUGUUAUUAAAAAACCAUGCUAAUGUUUUCGUUGAUAUUGUCAAAAUGUUUAACUUAAACAACAAUAUAAGUAACAAAAAAUUUGAAUCAUUCUUAAAAAAUGUACUGGAUCCAUUUUCAAGACGAAAUAAGAUCCGUAUGCCUUUACAGUCUUUAAAGUCAAUUACAAGAAUGCUUAAUAAAUUGGAAUUUUAUCAAUUUUAUAAACAUCUUUUUCCUCAAAGUCAUAGAGAACUUUAUUUGGAAACAAUUUACGGAUAUUUAGAGUACUAUCCAAAGGAAGAAAAAUUCAAUCUUUUGAUGUCUACAUUUGAGGAUGUUUAUAAAUUAAAUUUUUUCGAGUGGAUCGGUUCAAUGACACUUCAACGCUUACUAGAAAUUCAUGAUAUUUUUGUUGAUAUUGUCAAAGAACUCACUUCAAACACCAAGUUGAGUUACGAAAAAAGUAAAUCAUUUUUCAAACGUGUACGGGAUCAAUUGUUAAACACUCCAGUGCUUAUAAUAUCUUUAUUGCCAUUGGAAUCAAUUACAGAGAAACUGAAUAAAUUGGAAUUUCAUCAAUUUUAUAAACAAUGUUUUCCACAAAAUUAUCAAGAUUUUUCUUUUACAACAUUUCAUAAACUAUUGAAAUAUUAUCCUGAAGAAGAAAAAAUCAAUCUUUUAUUAUCAACAUUCGAGGAUGUUUAUGGGAUAAGUUUGUUGGACUAUGAUUAUUUGAUACCACGUAAUAUGAUAGAACUCUUAAACCUUGAACAGAGAAUAAAAAUUGCUAAAAAAUGA